CCUUGGAAAGCCGAUUUAAGGAUGGGACUGGACCGAAAUGGCAUAAGACCUGAAGUUUCGCUUGGCGCCGUCCCCCACCUCCUCUGGUCAGUCACUUCCUCUGCUUCCGGAGACGACUUCUACCUCCCUGAAACGUUGGUUUUGGUGAAGGAUUUUUCAGCCGUUUCUAACUCAAGAUUCAUUUCUACAAGUGCACAAUGGCCUCCAACAAACAGGACGUGCAGCUCAUCCUGGAGGGACUUGUCUCCAUCGCUUCCCUUGGUCUACAGAACAUAGAUCUAGAGGAGAACUACCAAGUCAUCCAGGAGCUUGGACAUGGUGGAUACGGUUCUGUGCUCAUGGUGAAGGAGAAGAAAACAGAUCAAACAAUGGCAGUAAAGCUCCUUCAUAGGAAGAAGACAACUAAAUAUUCUUUCCUUAUGGAGUUCAGUACAUCAUUCUUCUUGUCAUCCCAUCCCAAUAUUAUUGGUAUAUAUGGAACCGCCUUUAAGACCAAUGACUAUUUUGCCUACACCCAGGAGCUGGCGACAUAUGGAGAUCUCUUCUCCCUGAUUCCACCUCAUGAUGGACUCCCAGAAUACAUGGUGAAGAGAUGUGCGGCGCAGAUCUCCAGUGCCCUGGAAUUCAUAGAGAGUAAGGGGCUGGUUCAUAUGGACAUCAAGCCUGAGAACAUCCUGGUGUUCCAUAAGGACUGCCACCUCAUCAAAAUUACAGACUUUGGUCUUUCACAGAUGAAGGGAACAAUAACCAACUCAAAGUCUGGCACUAGAUUAUUUAUGGCGCCGGAGAUGAGGCAACUUAUCGACCAGGACACUUUGGUUAUAGACUCCUCUCUGGAUGUUUGGUCCUUUGGUGUUGUACUUUACUGCAUGCUGACAGGGGAAUCUCCAUGGCAAUCAGCAGAUCCAUCAGACCAAGAAUUUUGUAAUUUUGUUGAGUGGCAGAAUAAUUUUGGGAAUAUGGAGCCUCCGUCUCCAUGGGGUAGACUUUCACCUGAGGCACUGACAUUGUUCAGCGGUCUUUUAGCCAUAGACUGUAAUAGACGGAGUAAAUGUACUGAAGUAUUUAUGUUCCUGUAUGAAUGCUGGAAAGAAGAAUUUUCUGGGACAUCUGAUCCAGUAGAUGCUACGGAAGUAAAUUCAUCUGAGGAGUCUGGAACAACAAAUGUGUCCCACAGUAGUGUUUCCACUACAUCAAUAUUAAGUAGUAGGUCUUACUAUUUGAUCUCUGACAGGUCUCAUGGCGAGGAGCAUCCAGAUCAUUGGAAAGACAACAUCCAGUAUCCAGCAGUGUUUAUGGAUGAUGAGAUCUCAGUCUAUGUCGGAGCAGAGGUGGAAAUUGGAUGA